GAGCUGGCCCCCGAGCACGGCCCGCGCCCGGGGGACACGCUGGACCAGUGGGUCUCGGCCUUCUUGGUGUACGCCAGCGUGCUGUGCGAGAAGCACCCUGCGCGCUGCGGAGCCAUGUUCAAGUACCUGGACACCAUCCGCAAGCUGCAUGCCACCUACGGGGGCACCUCGUGGAUGAACUACGACGAGGACUUUCGGCGGCGGGCGGCCAAGGACCCCAACCUGCCUUGGGGCGACGUCGACCUCGACCUGUGGAUGAAGUGGAUGGCACCCCUCAAGUCGCUCGUCCACAGGCACCCCCGUGCUGAGGUCGAGACACAGGCCUCGCCGGCACCGGCACCACCACCACCACCAGCACCGUCACAGAGCCCCAAGCAGGAGGAGAAAAGCCAGACUCCAUGAAAACAGAAGGCCAGUUGGGAUGGCAGUCACACUAACUGGCCUGACUCCGUUGGUGUUUAAGUGGAGCUCUGGUAUACUAGUGCAUUCUUUUACCUCUGCCUCUGUUGCGUUGCAAGCUGUGCUAGAGAAGACGUAGGAAAUUCAUUUUACCCAAUCAGCAAUUGUAACAAUGGACUACAAACCUGCAGAGCAAGCCAGUUUGCUGGAAAACAGGAAUUCCUGCAGCGCAGCACUUGUCACAGACUAUCCAAAGAGGGCAAAGAUUCAGGAAGGUGAAUAAAUUGAACAUUGGUUGAAUGAGGUCAGGAACAGUCUCCCGGAGGAGAAUCCUGCCCUAAAAUACUACUUUGAAAGUAUAAGCCAAUUCAAUGCGCAGAUUAACCCUUCUUAUAUGAGCAAACUUGGUGUGCAAUCCUGGAUCUUUGCAGAUCACAACCGGACACUU